AUGGAUUUUGAGGACCAUUUCACAAGCCAUGAGUACCAUAGAUUAUACUGGACGAACUUCGAAUCCUUUGUAGAACAAUGCAGUCCGAGCCCUGAAUGCAACCGUUCGUCAUCAGAGAUUGAUGGCGUAAAAAUUACUGACAACCAUGAAAACGAUAGAGACGACAUACUGGAUGCAGCUGACGAGGAAUCGGACCUGCAGCAAAAACCUGUUCAAGCAGUCCUGCAUGACGAAGAGAUAUAUGUUGAACAACUUCAGAAUAAUGAAAUUAGAAUUGACAGUGAUAACUUUGGCAAUCUCGUACCGAAAGCUGCUCAAGUGAUGGAUUACCUCCACCAAGACGAGAAAUUUAACAAUAUAUGCGUAUGGGAUUUCAUGGCUCAGGUUGACAAGGUGAAAAACUCCAGGAAAAAGAAGAAAUUGAAGCUUGAUGACGUGAACAAUGAUGAUGAAGAUGAUGAUGAUGAUAUUGACCACUCAGGCCAGUGCGAGAAUGAACUUGAGGAAUCCAUGAGUGAUAAUGAACCUGACGAAAAUAUGGAUAUCGAAAAAUUGCCAGGAACACAAACAGAUACACAUCAACCCCUUCCGAUAGAGGAGGUCCUUCAAUUCUCAUCAAAAGAACGACCUUUCGGAGAACUACAAGCUGGGCACUAUGCAUUGCGAACUCAUUUUUUGCAAGUAAGACGCCAGAAAAAUCGACUCGUACCUGUUCCCAUGGGACCUUGCAUGCCUCGUUGA